AUGCGGCCGUGCAUGAUUUCCAACGUCUUGAGUGUUUUCGGCCGCGGCGCGAGUUUCCUCAGCUCGCGGGCCGCAGAGUUUGCUCUCGCGUCGGUGCCGGCGAUAGUGGAGCAGCUGGGGUCUGCGCCCGACUGCGUGCUCGUGGGCCGCGUCUUCGGUGGCCUGGGCCCCCUCGGCGUGCUGCUGCUGUCCGUCGGACUGGUGGUCGGCUUCGCCGCCGUCUUGAGACGGGCAAUGCGGGUGGCCAUCCUGUUGUCCGUGGGCGACCCUUGGCAGUUCCGACUCUUGCUCGCAGAGGCCGCCGCUGGCGUCGUGAAGCAGGAUCUGGAAGUGGAUCCAACUCCAGAUCAGAUGAAUGAGAAGAGAGCGUGGAUGUGCCUCACACCAGACGGGGACAUUUACGCGCACCUACUGGACGUCCCGUUCCUCGCGGGGAUCGCGGUCUUCGGGUCGACGGGCGACGUCGUGGAGGCUCGAGGCAAGAUCUACCGAAUGUCGAGCAAGACGUACGGCAGCGAGUGGAUGCCGGACCCCCUGGAGUUCUCAGACGCCGUGACGGAGGCCGAGCGAGCGGGGGGUCACUCCGCCGCCCGUCGCCUUCGAGGCAAGCAGGCACUACCAACGGGUCCGGCAGCUGGGGAUUCGAUACCGAUUCCGCCUGAGGUCACGCUCGAGUUCGACAGUCUCAGGGAUGUGAAGCCAUGGUACUGGCGUGUGCUCGCGGCCUCGGAGUCGACCCCCACUCACAAGGUGCUGAGCGGCUCGGCGGUGGACUGGGCCCUCGUGACUGAGCUGUACGCCCUCGCGAUGCGAGGGACGGAGCUGCUAGUGCUGAAGAAGGUGGACUCCGCCACGGACGGGAGCUCGGAGCUGGACGCCCGCGUGCUGCCUGUUGAGGAGGACGCGCACGGGAACCGGCGGCGGGACUUCAGGUCGGCGGUCGACGCCAUGACAGAGACCGCCUGGCCCGGGUGGCCCGUGCUCGGGCCUCGCACCGUGCAGUGGGUGCUCCAGUUCAUUCGGGAGCAGGGCGCGAUCCCCCGGGCCAGGCACACGAAGUGGAAGCACGAAGCACGCCUGGCCCGGGGGGAUCCUGGGGUCGGCGACCACGAACUCGUCAUGCGUGUGAUCGAGACGGCCGUGGUUUACGGCCAGCUGAAUAUCACAGAGUUGGCGUGCUUUGAGAUCUUUUGCCGACGAGCUCAAUUGUCAGAAUGGCGACAGAAGGAUCGACUGACUGGCGGGGCGAGCGGCCUAGACGACGAGUGCGCCGACGAGAAGCACUUGCGCAUGGGAUCUGGCGAGACGCGGGGCCACGUCAUGGUGGCCCCGGCCUUGCAGGGAGUUCCCCGCUCCGUGAGGUCACGUCUCCGCCGAAAGGCUUUUUGUGAGGACUGGGAGAAAGAGAUCUGCCAGGCCGUCAACUCACUCUAUUCAGUCAAUGCGGAGCCAAAGGAGCUUCAUCACCCGUCCCAGGCGCAGACGGAGGCCGUCCGCCACUUCGCAGAGGUGGUCAAGUCCUUCGGAGCCCCUGACGAGACGCCCGCGACAGCCUUCGAUGCGCUGUGCGGGUCCGACCCCGGCUACGGCGACGUGGCCGCCAAACACAUGCCCUACCAGCGCGACAAGGUCGCGCUACCUGCCGACGGCCCCUUCACUGAAGGUGAGGAUAACUUGUCGGGCGAGGGCGUGCAGUUGGACGACAAUUGCGACCUCCACAUGGCGCAGCUGGACAUCUCCAACGCUUUCUAUCGCAUUCGACUCCCGCCUGGUCUGCAUGAGCAUUUCGUUCUACCUCGGCUCAGUCGCCAAGCUUGGCUGUCCAUCGCGCCCGAGCUGGCUCACCCCAGCCAGCUCAUCCAGGAUGGGUGCAGGGUCGCGAAGCUCACGGAGACGACCACGGCGGCGGGGAUCUACGUCGACGGCGUCGCGGUCUUCAGUGGGGGCAGGGGGCUGGCGCUGAGGGGGUGCGAGAAGGUGGGCGUUGAGCUGAUGCGGCGCGGGCUCAUCGCGAAGGGAGUGGUGCCGCCGUGCGAGAUGCAGAGCUUCGCAGGCCUCACCUUCGACGCCGCCUCGGGCAAGACCAGCUUGUCUCGCAAGAGGCUGUGGCGCUUGAGGCUGGCCCUCCUGCGCGCCGCGGAAUUGGGCUCCAUCUCGGGCACGCAGCUGCGCCGCCUGGUGGGGCGCGUCGCGUGGGCCGCCAUCCUCCGGCGCGAGCUCCUGGCCGUGUUCAGCGCGGUGUACCGCUUCAUGGGCAAGGCCGGGUCCCGACGCUGGCGGAUGUGGGGCUCAGUGGAGACGGAGUUCCGCCUCGCGGCCUCGCUCGUGUGCCUCGCGGAGGUGGCGACCAGGAUGCCGUGCGCAGACGUGGUCUACGCCGCGGGCGCGUCGGGCGGCUCCGACGGGGACUACGGCAGCUACGGCGUGGUCAGGCGGGCGCGGCAGCCCGCGGACGUCGUGUCCACGGCGUCCGCCUCCGAGAAGUGGAGGUGCCGCGUCGGGGAGGAGGUCGCGGCCCGCGAGGCCGCCCUGGGCCUACCACCGCCUCCUGGCCGCCGGCCUCGCCAGGCCCGACGGGGGGGGGCGGACUUCGAGGCGGUCGGCCGCGAGCUCAUCGGGCAGCCCCGCGACUGGCAGCUGGUGGUGAGAGGGCGCUGGGCCUGGCAGCAGGACAUCGGGCGCACGGAGGGCCGAACGCUCGUGCUCGGCUGGAGCCCGCUCGACGAGGCCAUCGACGCCUACAUCGUCGAGCGCCACGGGGAGUCUGCUACGGCCAGGGCGGGCGAGAGCGGGCCCUGGCUGGGCGGGCCUCAGGGCGAGCCUGCAGGCCUCUGGCAGCCGGUCAACGCAGCUGCGCCGCUGGGCGCCCCUGGCCCCGCCGCUGACGAGGAGGGCGACUCUUCCAGCUCGGCCUCGAGCGGCUGCCGCGACUUCGAGCUCGACGGCACCCCUGCCGAGAAAUUCACGGCGCUGAGUGGGCAGGCGCGGGCACGGGGCCGCGCGUUCCUGGAGCUGAGCCGGGUCUCGACGGCGGUGCAGAAGCAGUGCCAGGCAGCGCUGGAGAAGUUCGAUGCCUGGCGCCGCCGUUCGAGGACGGCCGCGCGGAGCUUGCCCGAGCUGGACGCGGCGUUGGCGGAGUCCUUGGACGAGAAGUUCUUCGACUGCUUCAACCGCGACGCGGGCGACAAGCUGUUGGCCGCGAUGCUCCUCGAGAGGCCCGAGCUGCGGCAGCGCGGGCAGGACCUGCUGCCGCGCGCGCGGGACGCCGUCGCCGGCUUCCGCAAGCGGGCGCCGGGCCAGGCGCGGGCCCCGCUGCCGCGGGAGGGCCUCCUGGCGCUGGUCGGCGCGGCGGCUUGGAGCGGGCGCCUCGAGAUGGCGCUCGCGCUGACGGUGGCGUGGCACGCGUGCCUUCGGCUGCCGUCGGACCUGGUGGCCAUGGUGCGCGAGUCGCUGGUGCCGCCGCCGCCCUCGAUCGGGGGCCGACGCUGGGGGCUGCUGCUGUGCCCCGGGGAGCUGGGCGUGGUGAGCAAGACGGGAGGCGUCGACGAGGGGAUGCUGCUCGACGACCCUGUCUCCGAGAACCUGGGGGGGGCCUUGGCGGCGCUGCGCGAGCGGGUGCCCAGAGGCGGCCAGCUCUGGAGCUUCAACGCCGGCCACUUCCGAGCGGAGUUCGCCCGGCUGGCGGAGCUGGCAGGGAUGGCCAGCAUGCGCGCCUACCAGCUCAGGCACGGGGCGGCCAGCUUCGACGUGGCCACCGGCGUCCGCGACCUUGCUGCGGUGCAGCGUCGACUCAGACAUGCCGACAGCCGCCGCGCCAAGAGGUGCGAGAGGCACGCUCGCUACUGGGUGGAGGUGGCCAGCCUGCCCCAGGGCAUCGCCGACUACGGCAGGCUCCUGCUGCCGCGGUGGGUCGAGCUGCGCCUCGGCGCGGGCGAGGUCUGGUGGCGAGGCGACGCCGCCCAGGCCCAGUCACCGUUGCCGGCUGCGAGCGUGAAGAGGCACCUGCAUACAGCGCUGCAGGAUUGCCUCAAGCGCAGCCAGCGCAAUCAAGUGUUCUUGGAUUUGUUUGCAGGCGCAGGCGGCUUGGCCGCCAGUGUUCAGAGAUUUUCGAGCCUCGCCUGUCUCAGGAUCGAUGUGAAAGAUAAUCCAGCUUUGGACCUUUGUCCAUUAUGA